GAAGUCGCCUUGCAUCUAAUUGGGCUAAGAUCAGACGCUAGCUCCCGUUGGGACACGAGGAUACCUUGCGUCUCUGGACUUCUCCCCGCGAAUCCCACAUUCACUAAAGAUGCAGACUGUGGGGAAGCUGGACUUGGCAUCAUAAAAAUCUGGGGACAAAUCACCUGGGGUUGGCUGGGUGAGAAAUGUGAACCUGGGGAACUGGGGUGAGCUCAUCAGGGUCUCUUCGUGCAUAUAACAGUCCUUCGCUGCCUUGGUUUGGAUUCUCAAUGUGGUUCUCGACUGACAUCCUCCUUUGUCGUCGCGUCCUCACUGUCGACAUAAGAUCUGGACCAUCAAUAACUUUGUCCAAACCAACCCCCCUAUUCACAACAAGAAGAAACCGGAGCCAUGGGUGGAGGCACUUCAAUCUGGGCGUCUCCUGACUGGAAGAAAGACCCCAGGGAGAUUUUCAACUACAAGCUGUGGUUUCUCGUCACCACUGUCGCCUUUGCCGGUUUUUCUUAUGGCUUCGAUCAUGGCAACGUCGGUGGUGUGCUCACCCUGCCGAGCUUCAGACACACCUUUGGACUUGACCAGAUGAGCGCUGCCGCAUCCGCAGCUAGGCAGGGAGACAUUGCAUCUAUGAUGUCCGCUGGCGCAGCCGUUGGUGCCCUCUCGGCAGGUCCAUUCUCAGACAAGCUUGGCCGCAAAUGGUCCGUCUUCAUGUACGGAUUAUUGUUCCUCGUCGGUGCAGUGAUGCAGCUCAUCGCCAGCCUCGACGUCUUCCAAGGCGGUCGUUUCAUUGGUGGAUUUGCUAUCGGUGGCACCUCCGUCCUGUCUCCCAUGUACCUGGCUGAAUGUGCUCCCAAGACGAUCCGGGGCUCUUUGACGACACUCUACAACCUCGCCAUCAUCACCGCCCUGGCUCUAGCUUUCUGGGUCAACUACGGAGUUAGCCGAUGGAGCUACCCAGGCCUGGACACCGACGAGAGGCAGUGGCGUACGGCCAUGUCGAUCCAGAUUAUCCCGGGUGGCCUGCUUGUCAUAAUGGCUGCCUUCCUCAUCGACUCCCCUCGUGGUCUGGUCUCCAUCGGCAAGCGCGAGAAGGGACUCGAGAACCUGUGCAAGCUGCGCAAACUGCCUGCCGAUCACAACUAUGUUCGCCAGGAGUACCUCGAGAUUUGUGCACAGGCCGAUGUUGGUCAAGAGCUGAACAAGAACCGCACCUACCUCUUGGCCGCUCGUGAUAUAGUCAAGGUUCCAAGCUACCGGCGACGGUUCACUCUCGCCUGUCUCCUGUUCAUCUUCCACAAGCUCACCGGUACCGAUGCCAUCAACUAUUUUGCUCCGCAGAUCUUUGCCAUGCUCGGUGUGCAAAAGGGCUCCAUGUCUCUCAUGACGACUGGUGUUUACGGAGUUGUAAAGCUUGCCGCUAGCUUGAUCUAUGUGACUGUCAUUGUCGAUCGUGUCGGUCGUCGUUUGCCGCUGAUGAUUGGCGCCACCAUCCAAGCAACUGCCAUGCUUUACAUUGCUCUUUAUACCAAGUUCGCCAACCCCGACCCGAACAACGGACCGGGGCCUGGUGGCAUCGUCGGAAUCAUCAUGAUCUACCUGUACGCAUUCGGCUGGUCCUUCGGCCACUCGGUGGCCCCGUACGUCGUGGCGGCCGAGAUCUUCCCGUCCGGCAUCCGCGCCUUCUGCAUGUCUUUCUGCCUGAUGCUCAACUGGCUGUUCGGGUUCGGAGUUUCCAAGGCCACGCCCGUCAUGAUGGAGUCGAUCGGGUGGGCCACAUUCCUGGUCUUUGCCGUCAUCACCUACGCCGGUGUGGUCUUUGUCUACUUUUGCCUGCCCGAGCUCAAGGGCCGCAGUAUCGAGUCCAUGGACGAUCUCUUCGAGCACAGGCUCUGGGAGAUGUUCCGGUGGGCCUACCCCAGCGAGGAGGAGAAGAUCCGCAAGGACGUGCAGCAGGCCAUGCUGGACGAGAGCAAGGGUGUGGUCGAGCACAGCGAGAGGACGGUUGGUGAAGAGUCGGACGGCACCGGAAACCAGCAAGCGCCACCCAAGGUGUAGAGUGUUUUCUGUAUGGUUACGGUUAAUGCCUUUUUGUGUCAAAUAUGUAUUUAUGCAAAAGAAAAGUUGGAUUAUCCAACCUUGGAAGCGGUGCACAAUGUAACGAUUUCAAAUUGACGAUGUUCUCAA